UUGCAUAUAAAGGAUUAUAUGAAGACAAAUAUCAAGAAUAUAUACUUAAUAGUCCUGUUGAAUUUGGAGGAUCAAUUAGACCUGAUAUAACUGUAAAAGAAUUAUUUUCUGAAACUAUUAAGAAGAAACUUAGGUUAAAAAGUCUUAGUAUAUCAGAACAUGAUGAUCUCAAAAAUUAUUUAUAUGCGCAUGCUAUGUGA